AUGUCUUCUCGUCCGGAGCUCAACACCCAUAAAUUUUUUGCAGAUCGUUUCGCCGCUGUCCUUGCUCAGCAGGGGAACUCUCCCCGCCAUGUGUCGUCCAUGGGCUUUGGAGCCCUAGCCAUCACCGAUGGCUCGCCUUCUGCUGCUGCAGUUUCCGCUGCAGUCCCUUCUGCCACCGCGUCCCCUGUUGCGGUUACGACCCCUCUCUCCUCUGGCCAACAGGAGGUCAGACCUGCUCCUGUUGGCCUUCCGCACACGUCAGGCCGUACUGCCACUGUGGUAGAAAUCGAUGAUGAUGACGAUGAGGAGAUGGAUGGUGUUCGUCGUGGUGAAGAGACGGGUGUGUUGGUCGAUGAUGGUGAGAAGGGUGGUGCAGAUGAGGAUGAGGAGAUGGGUGAGCUCGAUGAAGAUGAGGAAAUCCUCAGUGUUGAUCUCGGUGAUCCAGCGCUGUUUGAGGAUAGAGAAAUGUGGGUGUCAGAGUUGGAAAAGUUAAGCCCUGUUCGUGAUAAUGAAGGUUCUCCCGAAUUCCGCGUACGGCUCCAGACCUCUUUCGGGAAGAAACGGGUUGCGUAUCAGGAGAAGAUGGAUGCUCUGGCUGAAAUUAAAGCCGAGAAACGUUGCCGUUCCCCUUCCGCCCACAACGAAGUAACCUCUCCUUCGGCGAAACGGGUCAAAGAGACCCCUCGGUCCUCUACAGGACAGGCUGAAUUGUUUCCCUCCCCUUCCCACGAGCCAGGGAGUGCUCGCAAGGCGUCGUUGCGAGAACAGGAUAGGCUAUGGCAGUUGUUUAUCGAUGAAAGGGAGCGAUGGGAGGUCGCAAGUAUCGAUGAGUCGUGUGAUAGAUGUCGGUUAUACGUUCAGCUACCAGAGGAAAUCCUUCCUUCCCUCGACCACCCCACUAUCGCUCUCGAUCCUCGGAUACCAGAGGAGGAAAAACAAUUAGCCACCUUCCGUUCCGUCAUUAUUGGCUUAACCACGCAAUUACAAGCCAAUAGACGAGAUACGGCAAAGCUCGUCGAAUAUUGUGUGAAGCUGGUCUCUGCGAUGAAUACUCUCUCUCGGACAAUGGCAACUCUUGUGAACUCCUCCGACAUAGGGCCAUUAGGGCGAACUGAGUUAGCUAGAGUCUCCCGAGAGCUCACAACGGACAUGAGCGACUUCUACCGCAAUCUCUUCGACUCUCCUUACCUCCUGAACCCCACUGAGUAUAUGCUCCCCCCUACACUGGACUGGUUAAAACCAUCUCAACCAGCUCGACUCAGUUCUCAGGAUGGUGCUUUCCUCGAUAUCCUAACUCUUCCCGCAGACUGUCUUAGAACACUUUGUCAGUUGUGGAAAUCACCUAGUCUGAGUGUCGCUCGUGAUCCUGCUCUCCACUCCGCUCACAUUCUCGCCUUUAAUACAGCAUGGAAGGAGACUCGGGCCCUCCGACGGGCGGUGGGACCGAAGGUUACUGAGAGUAGUUCUGGGAGUGGUCCUGCACCGGGAAACGAGGAACAGGGAGGAAGUUCGCAGCAUUGUAUGAAUUACUUCCUCGUUCGUGAUCUUACCACUCGUCCUUUCGUCGGCUUAUCCGGGUGA